CCAUGGCGGCCCCACUGCGCCUGCGCCGAGUGGGCGCUUCGGCAUCCGGAGAUCCCGCGGCCGCGGCCAUAGAGCGGCGGAAGCGCGGGCAGAGCGUCCCGCCCGCAGGACAGCACCAUGGCCUCCCGCGGGGGUCCCCGCGCCCCCGGCACCGACGGCAGCGACUUCCAGCACCGGGAGCGCGUGGCCUCGCACUACCAGAUGAGCGUGACCCUCAAGUCGGAGAUCAAGAAGCUGAUCUACACGCACGUGGUCAUCUGGCUGCUGCUGCUGGCCCAGAUGUGCGUGGGGCACCUCAAGCUGCUGCCCCACGACCAGGUGGCCAUGCCCUACCAGUGGGAGUACCCCUACCUGCUCAGCAUCCUGCCCUCCCUCCUGGGCCUGCUCUCCUUCCCCCGCAACAACAUCAGCUACCUGGUGCUCUCCAUGAUCAGCACCGGCCUCUUCUCCGUGGCUCCCCUCAUCUACGGGGCCAUGGAGAUGUUCCCCAUGGCGCAGCAGCUCUACCGCCAUGGCAAAGCUUACCGCUUCAUCUUCGGCUUCUCGGCCGUCUCCGUCAUGUACCUGGUGGUGGUGGUGGCCGCACAGGUCCAUGGCUGGCAGCUCUAUUAUAGCAAGAAGCUACUGGACUCCUGGUUCACUAGCACGCAGGAAAAGAAGAAGAAAUGAGUGUGAAUGGGUGGGCUCCGUGAGGUGCUGAAGCUCUGCAGCUCAAUCCUGUGGGGCGGUGCUGGCGCAGCUCCGGUGGGUGGGGGGCCCCCGGGGACCAAGCUGUGGGUGUCUGAGCCAUGCCACGGCCCCGGGCUCGCACGUAUCGGGGAGGGGGGAAUCCCCGAGGGCUGGGGCCGUGGAGGGUUCCCUGGGGUACGUUCCCCUUCGUCUGCGUGUUGCUCUAUGGAAAUAAAGCACCGUCCGCGCUCCCA